AGGAAGUUCUUUGUUACCGUCCUCCAUCGAGUAUUCAAACCAAAUAAAAUUCCACAGGCUUUUGUAGGAUAUUUUCUGAUGUAAUAUUAGUCUACAUGAGACGUUUAUUUGUGACAACUUAAAUCGAGUUUUGAUAUUUAAAAAGGUGUGGUCUAGAUUUUAUUCAUUUGAAGAAACGAAGAAAGAAUACAGUAGCUUCCACGAUGCAUCGGGACAGAGCUAGCCCGUCCUCCUCCACCCUGCUGGAGUCCCCUGGUCACAACUCUCCUGGUAGCGCCUUACUGCUGGGUCUGAAGAGGGUGUCUGUGCGGCUAGUCGACUGCAGGAAAACACCAGGGCAGAGUGGAAGUUUGAGAGGGGGACACGAGGAGGAAGAGUUGAUUUCAUCAAGUAAGAACAAUGGGGACACCCCUAACCGUUGCUCUCUCAGUGGGAGGGACUUAUCAUCUGGGGAGUCUCAACAACAACAUGUUGCUGACAAGGCAGAGAAGACUCUCUCCCGAUCAGAUCACCUCAUGAAACACCAGCAGAGACGUACAGGGAAGAAACCUCACCACUGCUGCUCUGACUGUGGGAAGAGCUUCAUUACACGGAGGUCCUUCAUAAUUCACCAGCGGAUUCACACCAGAGAGAAACUGUACUGCUGCUCUCAAUGCGGGAAGAGUUUUGCUUCAUCUAACACCUUCAAAUCUCAUCUGAGAAUCCAUACAGGAGAGAAACCUUACAGAUGCUCACAGUGUGGGAAGAGUUUUGCUGCUUCUAACACCUUCAAAUCUCAUCUGAGAAUUCAUACAGGGGAGAAGCCUUACCCCUGCCUUGAUUGUGGUAAAAGCUUUGCUAACUCGGGAGCUCUAACCAUACACCAGCGUGUACACACUGGAGAGAAGCCUUAUAGCUGUGAUCAUUGUGGAAAGAGCUUUGCUCGGUCAGGAGAGCUGACUGCACACCAGGUAACACACACUGGAGAGAGAACUUAUGUCUGUCUAUGUGGGAAGAGCUUUGCUCUAUCAGGACACCUGAAUAGACACCUGCGAACACACACUGGAGAGAAGCCUUAUAGCUGUGAUCAGUGUGGGAAGAGCUUUGCUCUAUCAGAACACCUGAAUAGACACCAGCGAACACACACUGGAGAAAAACCUUUUAGUUGUGAUAAGUGUGGGAAGAGUUUCAGUCUUUCGGGGACCCUAAAUACACACCAGCGAACACACACUGGAGAGAAACCGUAUGUCUGUCUAUGUGGGAAGAGCUUUGCUCAUUUAGGGCCAAUGAAAAAACACCAGAAAGCAAAAACGUGCCGUAUUUCAUCUCCCUCCUAUCCGACACCGGUUCCAGAUCCCUAAAUAAAGGAUCAAUAGAAAACAUCUAGUGAACAGUCAUAUCCAUCUCCCUUUCUUAAACAGUUGACUUAGUCUGAUCACCAUGGUAACCUCUGGAGCAUAAUAUGAAGUUCUGAUCUCGGAUCAGGUCUCCCCUGUGUCUAUGUAAUAUCACAUUGGAAUCUAAAUGGAUAAAUGUUAUCAUAGAAGAGGUCAUAGUCAACGUGUGUGCGUGUGGUUCUAAAACUAAUCAAUGAUACAUUGGAAAAUUAUAUCCAUGAGGUCAAGGCAAGAAGAGGUAUGCUGUGUCUUGUAACAAAUGGUUAAUGUAAUAACUUUUAGAUUUAUAAUGUAAUAAAACCGGGAAAUGUAAUAUUUAUUCGGUUAAUGUGAUAAAAUGUUGAAUUGUUAUAACUUUUUCCAUUUAAUGUAAUAAGUUACGUUAUCAGGUGAGUAACAUAUUUUAAUGAAUAACGUAAUAACUUCUACCGAUCAUGUAAUAACACCUAAACCAAUGUUUUAUGUGUUACUUCACUAAUGUUAAUGCACAUACCACCCUACACCAAUUGCAAACUCACAAACCUAUGCACUUGUCCUCACACACACUCACAAGCACACAUUGAAAUGUACACACCUGCACAGUCAGACACACACACAUUGAUAAAUAGAAUACCUGAAUUAAUCUGUAGGCGUUAUAGUCAAUGAGACAGGGUUGGUCGGGCUCACUUGGGAUGAAAAUGUCCCAGUGACUUUAAGUAUGUCCCUGGAGUGUAAAAUGUGUUCUAUCAUUGCAGCAAUGGUAGCUUUAUGUGUGUUAUCACUAUUUAUAUUCAUCCCUACAACCCAUUCAGUUUUGCCAUAGGAAAAUAUUGGAUGUUAUUUUGGCAUUAAUACGUGUCACAUAUCAGUUUGCAAACAAUGUAAAAAAAUAUAUAAUAAUC